AUGAAUGUAAUUUAUAAAAAAAUAAACGAUCACAAAAGGAGUCAAAUGUUGCCCUCAGCGAGGAAAGCUGGAAAAAAGCGGCAGCAGGAUACCCUUUGCAAACUCCUUGCCGAAACUAAGUAUCAAGUCUUCAACAUCACAAAUGCGGCAAAUACCUUUUAUGAUACAGGUAACAGAGUAUUAUUUCGCACAGUGUGGAUAAAAUUUGCAAGAAUGAUAACUACACAGUAUAAUAUUCAAAAUACAAGACGUCUUGCUGAAUUAUCUCGGGCUUAUGAUACAAUAUUUGAAUCAAGACUUCGGAAAGCAACAUAUUUCUGGAGAUACAGAAUGAAAUGGAAAGUAAUGAUACGAGAAGCAAUCAUUCAAGAUAUCAAAACGCAAAUUGAGUUUGGAAUUCCAGAAAUUCAACAAGAAAGAAGGGAAGAACGUGCUGAAAAAUGGAAUAAAUUUGCUAAUGCCUUACUCAGAAAUGAUAGAAACGACAAACUCAUCGAUGCUGCAAACGAAAACGCAAAUGAAAAAUUACUUAAAAAUUCAUUCGAAGAUUGGAAGGCUGCAUUACAGAAACGUCGCACUGUCAGACAAGCCAGAAGGACGAAAUGGAUGUCAUUAUGCGAUGCUUACAACCAUUUCGUUCAAAUGGAAGUUUUCAACCAAAUUGUCAACAGAAGAACAAGAAAUGAGAAGUGGAUUGAUUUUGCAAAUCGUAUUGCUCACAAACAGCUUAUUGAUGAUCUUACAACUGAAUAUAACAGACUCAAGUUAUCGAAUAUGUUCUAUAAUAUGGCUGUUGAUUAUCUUUACAAGAAGCAGAAGGACACAAUUAUUGCAGAGCACUCGAGAUUUGUUAAUAAGCGCUUAUGGAAAGGCUUAAUUCGUGAAACAAUUGCACUCGCUCAUUCAAAUUCACUAAAACAAGCAAAGAACAGACUUGACUUAGCAGACAAAUUCUCUAAACUUGCUGCAGGAGUCUUAAGAGCUUCAUCAAUUGCAGCCUGCAACGCUGAAAAAGAAAAAUUAGAUAAUAAGUAUGCAGAUCAAAGAAAAGAAGAGCUUGUUAAGAGUUGCUUCUACUAUUGGCGUGAUAAGCAGAUCCCAAGAACCUUCACAACCAAUCAAUUGCAGUCAAUCUUUGAGAAUUUCAUGAAAUUAUAUGAAGAAACAACCCAAAACAACGCUGCAAGGACUAUCCAAGACUUCUGGAGAGAGCAAUCAGACAGAAUAGAGCGAAAACACAACUUAAUUAGAGUGUAUUUCACGAAAUGGCUGAACAAACAACAGAAUUUGGUCCGAAAUUCUAUUGUUUUCCCUCCAAUGACUCUCAAAUUGCAGCAAGGCAUAAACUACGAUGUUGCAAACUUCCAAAAUGUCCCAGAUUUGUCUCAUUUCGAGUCAUUGGAUUUGAUGGACUUUUUCAAAGAAACCGCCAUCGAAAAGAAAGUUGCUUCUGCAGCUCAAAAUGCCGUUGACAUCAUCCAAAUCAAGGAUUUCAAUCCGACCAAAUAUAUCGACGAUAGAAUGCCACAUUUAUUUGACAUUUCACCUGAAUCUUGUUUCAUUUCAUCCAAAAAUGAACAAAAUCUCAAAUUCGCAAAUUAUUUGGUUUACAACGUCAAUUUUCCAGAUGAAAAACCGUUAACCGUUUUGUCAGAAAAUGUCAAUAAAAACUCUUUGAGUUUUGAUGGUUUGGAGUUGGUAGAAAAGCCAAAAGUAUCAGAAGAUUUCAUAGAAGAAAUUGCAGAAGAAGCUGCUUAUUCUUCUCAAAAAUUCGAAAACAAUUUUGUCGAAAAAUCGGAAAAAUUGAAUUUAAUGUCGAAUUUGAGGAAAGUUUCAGAAAUCGACCAAUUAAAUUCAUACGACAAAAACGAUAUUUUCGAUCUCUCAAAAGUUUUCGAUCUUCAUAGUUUACAAUUUACAAAAAGUGACAAAUUACUUGACACUUUUGGGAAAAUUGAUUUUGAGUAUAAUGUUGAAGAUGUCGAAGAUGUUGUUGAUGAUAUUGACUUUACACAGAUUGUUCCAUUGUUUAAUACUCCUGUUUCAAGGAAAUUACAAUGUAUUCCAUGUUUCUCGAAGUCAGAAGAUCUCGAACAAACAAUUGACGAAAAUGAAUUGGCAGAUUUGGUCAGAGAGAAGUUUGAUCUUGAGAUUUACGUAAAAGAAGCUUCACAAAUGACAAAAGAAACAAAUGAUUAUAUUUUGAGAUUAGAAAAAGAGCCAAUAAUUGUUUAUGAUAAGACAAUUGAAUCCGCUGUGACUAAUUAUCUUGAUUUGGAUUUGGUUUACGAUUUCCUUGAAUUUUCUAAAGUAGAACCGAUAGAAAACGUGACAGAAGUUGGUGAUUUAAUAGAUAUGAAUGUUGAAAUUGAUGAAAAUAGGUUAGAAAAUGAGAUUCUUAAAGUCAUUUCUUCAGAUACAUUUAAGUUUGAUGUCAAACCAAUAGAAAACAUCAAACAAAUCGAAGAAUUAAAACAAAAAGAAGAUAUUCCUCAUUAUGACAUUAAUUUUGAUUUUGAUGAUAUUUACCAUGAAAAGAAUGCUUUUUAUUAUUUGACAUCUAAUGAUAAUUUAUCUCUUGAUAUAAUGGGUGUUGACAAAUUAAUAUCAAAGGAAUUUUCUGUUGAUUGGCCAUUCUUAUUAGUUCCUUAUUAUAAGUUAAUCAAGAACUUUGCUCCUCCAGAAAUAAUUGAAACAAAAUAUGAUGUCAAAUUUCAACCAAAAAGUGACUUUUCUAAUUUCGAAAAAUCUGAUAUUGAAAAACCAUUAGAUAAUCUUCAAACAAUAGGAUCACUUGAUUACUUAAUACAGGCAAUAUUAAAUGAGAAACAAAAAGAUCCAAAUAAUGUAGCAAUUGAUGUUAAUUUUGAUUUACAAAAUGUCAUGAAAACAAAUAUUUCUUCUCUUAAUUCUUAUAUUAGAGAAGAAAUUCCAAGUGAAGAAGAACAAAUUUCUAAAGUUGUUUCACCACAGUUUUGUAACCAAAAUAUCAACAUUGAUUUUACAAAAUUAUUCACAUCACUUAUUAAUAUUUGUUCAAUUUCUGUUCCAGAAAACAUCAACAUUCCAUUUGAUUUCGAUUUCAACUUUGAAAAACUGAAAUUAUUUGAUAAUAAUUUGCAAAAUGUGACAAAAAUUGAAAUCCCUCAAAAUCAAAACGAAAUCAAAGAAUUAUCAAAGUCUUAUUUAGUUGAUUUUCCAGUUGUUCCAUUUAAUAUUAAUUUAUCAAAUCUAUAUCGAUUCUGCAUUGUUAAUCAAGACACAUUAUUAUGUUCAUUCAGUAUUCCUCUUGACAUUUUGGAUAAAUUUGUUUGCAUCAAUGAUUUCACAUCAAAGCUUGAAAAUAUUUCUAAGAUUUCUAUUCCUAUUAAAGAUUUCAAUGAGAAUUGCAUCGAAAGUGAUGAAUUACAACUUAAUUUCAAUAUUGAUGUUGAAUCACUUAAAUAUAUCACAUUCAAUGAACCUCUUCCAGAGAGAGACAUCAUGAUGAAAGAUCUUCCUCUUGAAGGUGUAAUUGAAGAUGUUGUUAAUAAUGUUUUCGAACACUUUGUUUUGCCAGAGCUGAGAGUUGACGAAGGAAUUGACAUUUUAUCAGUUAUUUCUGAUGAUUUGGAUGAAGCAUUUUAUGAAUCUGUUUCAUAUGCAAUCAAACAAACAGAAAAUGAUAAAGAUGAAGAAGAAUACGAUGAAGAAGCCAAUGAUAUUUCAAAGAGAAUGUUUGACCAACUUUCUAAAGAAAUCUUAAGUAAACUUGAAGAGAAACAAGAAGAAAACUACAGAGAUGAUUUCAAGGAUUUGAUCGACGAAGCACAUGAAAAUGCUGUUACUUUCGCAUUGAAACAAAUUUCUAAUGAUCAAGAACCUGAAGAAGAAGAAAAUGACGAAAUCAUUGAUUCCAUGUUUGCUGAUGUUUAUAAAGAAUUCACAACCAAGAAAUUCGAAGAAGAAAUCGAUAUUUCUCCUAUUUCAAGAGAUUUGGACGAAGCAUUCAAGACAUCAAUUACUUUUGCAUUGAAACCAGAAGAGAAAGAAGAACAGAGAGAAGAAGAAAAGAUUUCAUUGGAAGAACUUGAAAAGAGUUUGGACAAACAAGUUGCAAUUUGUGUUAUUAAACUUGUUCUUCGUAAUCAUAAAGCAUUGGGUGCUUUAUCAGAUGGUUUGGAACAGCCAUUACCAUUCGAAAGAGUUGAAUCAGAACAACAACCACCAAAUAACUUCGAAAUCGAAGAAGAUUUCGAUUCAGUUAUUUCAUCUGUUGUUAAUAAAUGCAUCGAAACAAAUGAAGAAGCAAUUGAACAAUUAUCUAGAUCAUUACCAGAUACAAUUGCUAAACAAGAAGAUCAACAACCAUUAGUUGAUCCUAAGAAGACAUAUUUCAGCAAUUUGUUCAACGAAAUUAUCACACAAAUUGCAGCAGGAUCAGUUGAAGAAAUAUUCAAUUCUAUUGAUGUAUUAGAUUACAAACCCAAGAAAGAAAAGUCAACACAUGCAAGUAGAAGAUCAUCCAAAGCUAAAGCACCACAUAAAGAAGAAGAAAUCAAUAUUGAUGAAAUCAAAGAAAGUCUUGAUAAGGUUGUUGCAGAAACAUCACAAAAUUCAGUUCAAAAACACUUUGAAAUCGAAUUCCCUUCAUUUGAAGAUGAAGAUAAAUCUAAAGCUAAAGGAGAAACAAUUUCAUUUGAACCAAAUGAUUUCGUAGGUUUGCUUGAUUCUUGUUUGUCUAAAUCAAUUGAAAAGGCACUUAAAAUUGAUAUCGAAUUUGGCGAAAACGAAACUAAAGAAGAAAUUGAAGAAGAGGAAGAAGCUCCGAAUGUUGAAUCUGUUCAACGAUCUCGAGACAUUGAUUUCGGCGAAGAACAGCAAGUCACUGAAGAAAAGAAGAUUGAAUUCACAAACAAUGACUUCGAUAAAUUGUUUGAUGAUGCUCUUGUUAAAUCAGUUAAUUUCGCUACAGAAAAAGUUAAAGAAAUCGAAAUUAUUCCAAGUGAAGAAGUCAAAGAAGAAGAGCAAGGAGAUAAAGGAAUUGAUAUUGAAAAGGAUCUCCAAAAUGCUAUUGAAGAAGUCGAGAAAUCCGCUAUUAAAUCAACAUUUGAAGCUAUUUCUUCACUUUCAGAACUAAUCCCAGAACAGAAAGAAGAAAAAGCAGAAGGAUAUGAUUUAUUCAAAGAUUUCGAUGAAGAAAUCAAGAAAUCAUCUGAAAACGCUGUUAUUAAGAACUUUGAAUCCAUCUCCGAAUUAUUCUAUCAAAUUCCAGAUUAUCAAGAAAAGCCAGUUGAAGAAAAACCAGAAGAAAAAGAAGAAUUUAGUGUUAAUAAAGAAGUUGUUCCAUUCAUCAUGAAUUCUAUUGAUGAAACAGUUGUUUGUACUAGUUCUGAAAUAUGUCAUAGACAAAUUGAUUCAUUGUAUGAUAUGUAUUACACAAUCAAACCAAAGAAAGAGAAAACUCAUCACCACAAAUCAGAAAAACCUGUUUCCGAGAAGAAACCUGAAGAAAUUCCACAAGAAAACAACACUAAAGCCGAAGAAGAGAAACCAGAUUACGAAUUCGAUAAAGCUAUCGAAGAUGUUGUUUCGCAAUCAGUUCAAUCAGCCAUUUCUCGUGAAUACUGUUCUAUCAUCGAUGAAGAAAAAGAAGAAAAACCAGCUAAAGAAGAAGUUAAAGAACCAGAAGUUGAAAUUGACUUUGAUAAAACAAUUGAAGAAUUUGUUCAAGAAUCAGUUUGUAAGUUAUUCGAAAUUGAGUUUUGUUUUAAUGGAGAACCUGAACAAGAAAAGAAAGAAACUCCACUUGAUGUUUCCAAAGAAAUCAGUCAACUUCUUGACAAUACUUUGUCUAAAUCUAUUCAAUAUUCACUUGAAAGAUGCAAAGAACUCGAUACUGUUGUUGAAGAAACACCUGAAGAAGAAGAGAAUGAAGAAUUUGAAGAUAAAGAAGAAUCAUCUGAAUCAUCAGAAAUUGAUGAAACAGAAAUUAGUCAAAAGAUGUUUGAUGAUGUUUGUAAAUCAUUAAUCGAAACCAAACUCGAAGAAAAACCAGAGGAAAUCGAUGUCAUUCCAGAAUAUUCUAAGUUGUUUGAUGAAUCACUUUCUAAAUCAAUUGUUUUCGCAUUGAAACCAAAAGAAGAAGAAAUCAAUGUCAUUCCAGACAUCUCAAAACUUUUGGACAAUGCAUUCAAGACAUCAAUUGCAUACGCUGCGGUUCCUCAUAAUGAAGUCAAACCUCCAAAGAAGGAAAAUAAACCAAUUUCUCCACAAGGAUCUCCUAGAUCAAAAUCAAUUAAAUUGACCGAAUUAAAUGUCUCAUUUGAUCAUGUUUUACAUGAUUUGUUACAAACAUUCAUCCAGAGCGAAGUCACAGCAAUCAAUGAUUUAAUUGAUGAUUACAUUGCAUCUUCAGGAACAGAAGUUCCAGAAUCACCUCUCAAACAAGCAUAUUCUAUUGACAAAUUCUUCCGUGAUGUUUCACGACCAGGUUUCGAACCACCAGGAAUGGAUCGAGCUAAAGUUCUUGAACAACUUUAUGAUUUCAUCGAAAACGAGUUUGAUCAAAUUAUUUGUACAAGUUCGUUAUCAGCUAUCAACCAAACACAAGAAGGCAUCAAUGAAAUGAUCCACAAUCUUAAAGAUAAAUCAACAGAAAAGCAUCAUUCUCAUCAUCACAAAGAUAAAGCAACAAAAGAAAAACCAUCCAAGAAAUCAGUUGAACCUCCAAAAUCAGAAAACAAUUUAGCACCAAAACCAAGGAAUUCUAAUGCUCCUAAAUAUGAUUUAUCUCAACUUUCUAAAUCGAUUGAUGAAUCUAUUGAAGAUGUUUCUAAACCUAUUGUUCCAGAUAUAUUAACUCGUGAUUAUAACAUGACUUCCGAAAGAGAUGAUUCAAAAGAAAAUAUUUCAAGAAACUUGAAACCAAGAACCGUUGAAAGUAUUGAAGAAGAAACACCUGAUCAUAUGAAUGAAAUUCGAAAAUCACUUGAUCGAGCAAUUGAAGAUGUUUCAAAGAAUUGUGUUGAAUCAAAUCUCGACAUCUCUUUGUAA